ACGAGAGGAAGAAGAAGAAGAAGAGGAAGAGAAAAAAAAAGUAAAAGAAGAAGAGAAAUAGGCCUAUUGUGUACAACAAGCGUUGUCAGUCCAGAGAACAGUAGAAAAGUUAUUUGGAAAGUUAUGGAGCAAACUCAGCAGCAGCAGAUGUUUGGUCAUCUAAACGGCAGUACAACCAGGAAGAGAGAAGACUAUCUAGAAUGGCCGGAGUACUUUAUGGCUGUGGCCUUUCUAUCAGCCCAGAGAAGCAAAGACCCAAGCUCACAGGUCGGUGCAUGUAUAGUGAACCAGGAGAAUAAAAUAGUUGGGAUUGGUUACAAUGGUAUGCCCAAUGGCUGUGAUGAUGACCACCUACCAUGGGCCCGGUUUGCUGAAGACCGACUUGACACUAAAUAUCCGUAUGUGUGUCAUGCAGAGCUGAAUGCCAUUAUGAACAAGAAUAGUGCUGAUGUGAAAGGCUGCACCAUGUAUGUGGCUUUGUUCCCCUGCAAUGAGUGUGCCAAGCUUAUCAUUCAGGCAGGUAUUACGGAAGUGAUAUUUCUCUCAGACAAGUACCAUGACAAGCCAGAGAUGAUUGCUUCCAGAAGGCUGCUCAGCAUGGCAGGCGUACAAUACAGGGAGUUCAAGCCCAAGAGGACUGAGAUUGUCAUUGAUUUUAAUUCUAUUAACCAGCCUGGAAUGCUGAGCAGUGCAAGCAAGUGAAAAUGCAAGUGGGGAGAAAGACUGACAAGAUUGAAAGGGACUUUGACACCUCUUUUCUGUAUGCCUUCUUGCCCCCCUGCUUUGUCCAAAGGAAAACUCAAUGACAACUUGGCUUUGGCUUCUUCUGAUAUUUAUCAUAUUCAAGAUUGUUAAUUUGAGGCUUCAGUGUCUGUGGCUAUCUGUGGUGAAAGGUCUUUCUGUACUGCUUUCACAGUUUUCCUUUGGGUUAGGAAUGUGAAGAUGAGUGAUUUUAAGGUCUUUAUUCUUAUGGCUGUCUGGACAAGUCCUAAAUAAAUUUUUUCCCCUUUCAAACAAGGUGUCAGACUAAUACAGAGGUAUGUUGAUAAUUUUGUUCAUUUGACUUUCACAUUCAUAGUGGAAACUGCCCAGUAGAUCAGACUUGUUCAGUUGAGUAUGGGAACUGCUCAGCCACAGUUGGCCUCUUAGCUUCUGGGUUUAUGUUUCACAGGGUACAACUUGUGUUUACAGCAUUAUUUUACAAAUAUGCCGUAAAGACUAUUUAUGCUGACUGGUUGUAUUGUAGCUGAGGGUUGCGCUUUCUAUCGAUACCUGAAACUUGCAUGUAAUUUGUAUUAAAUUAGUAUAUUUUGAAAUGUUUAAAACUUGUUUGCAACAUGUUUGUGUAAAAUUUAACACGUGUUCUUGCUUUUUAGUUUUGCCCUUUAUUUAAACUGUUUUUCAUAGAAAUUUUGAACUUUGUCAGAUAUCAAUAAUUUGUUUUUAAAAUUAAACAACUAUAACCCCCAUGAGGCUUUAGUAGUACAUCUGUGACUAAGACUAAGAAAUUAACUGCUUUCAUUAAAUGAGUUCCUAGAUUAUAAGGAUUAAUGUAGCCACUUUUUGAUUUGCCUAGUUAUUCCACCAUUAAUACUAAAUUUUUACACAUUGUGUAUGUGCAUAUUGUGUUC